AUGAAUGGUUACAGAUCUCCCUACCUGUACAUCGGGGGUCUGGUGACACAGGUCCGAGCACCGCUCCAGAGGACCCCGAAGUGCGCGCGGUGCCGUAACCACGGUGUCCUGUCCUGGCUGAAGGGCCACAAGCGAUACUGCUGCUUCAAGGACUGCACCUGUGAGAAAUGCAUCCUGAUCAUCGAGAGGCAGCGGGUCAUGGCGGCGCAGGUGGCGCUCCGCAAACAGCAGGCCAACGAGAGUUUGGAGAGCAUUAUCCCUGAGUCUCUGAGAGCCCUGCCCGGCAUCACGGUGCCUGGACGGGGGGCGGAUAACCAGGGCCUGCCGCCCCACCCUGGAGACAUGGACCUCCAAUGGACAUUGGACUGCCAACAGACUGCCAACACACAGGACCUGAGUGAGGAUACGUCGGGGGACCACUCCGGUGGGGAGAACGGUGGUGGUAGCGGCAGUGAGAAGGACCAGGACCCUGGCAGCUCCCCCGAGGGGUCCAAGCCGUCUUGCUUCACCCCCGAGCCCCCGGACACCCCAAACCAGCCCGAGGAGUGCCGCUACAGCUUCCCCCAGCCCCUUCCCAGCCUCCCUCUCCCCCUAGCCUUCCCCAAGACCUGCAGCACCUCUCCAGAGCUGAUGGCAGACAGGCCCCCUAAGGGCUACCCCGGGGUUGGGGCAGGGGGGCUACCAGGGGACCACAGCCUGGUGAUUGAGGGCCUGUCUGGGUCUGUCUCCCUUCCCUUCAAUCUGCGAGCCAACCGGCCACCCCUGGAGGUGCUGAAAAAGAUCUUCCCGUCCCACAAGCCCCCGGUGCUGGAGCUGAUCCUGCAGGGGUGUGGAGGGRACCUGGUGGGGGCCGUGGAGGUGCUGCUGUCCAGCCAGGCCCAGGAGGCCAGGGGGGGUCACCCCCACAGUCAGGACCUCCACCCCGACACCCUGGUCCUGCCCUCUAACGGCCACCUCCUCGAUCACCCCCUGGGGUCCUACCACCCUCUGGCCUCCGCCGCUAAGUGGUCUGUGGGCUCUGCUUUCAGGGUGCCUGAGUCCCUGCGCUUCUCGUCUGACUCGUCGUCCGGCCCCCUGGCCCUACACCCCGGGUCUUUCCCCCAUCCCCCCCGCUACCCCUUGAUGCUGAGGAACUCUCUGACACGCAGCGGCCAGGUCGGACCUUUCUGCAACGACGUGACGCUGUGGAACACCAUGACACUGCAGCAGCAGUACCAACUCAGGUCAGCUCAGUACGUCUCUCCUUUCUCCUCCACUGGCGUCUUCCAACGCUCUCCGCUCCUCUCCUCUUCCUCCUCCUCCUCUCCGCUCCUCUCCUCCUCCCGCCCCCAGGAAGAGCACCGUCUCUCCCAGCUGGAGGAGGGCUGCCACCCUGCCCCCAUCCCCCCCACCCCCGGGGCCAAACAGACCCUCUACACCCAUGAGGAGGAGUAUGAGGACCGCUCCGACUCCUCCGACUCACGAAUUCUCAACUCCUCCACCUGAACCUCCUGAACCACCCGAACGUAUGGGUUAUAGCUCUAUAACUGAACCAAUGAAACAAUGAACGUAUGGGUUAUAGCUCUAUAACUGAACCAAUGAAACAAUUAACCUAUGGGUUAUAUCUCUAUACCUGAACCAAUGAAACAAUGAACCUAUGGGUUAUAUC